GACAGCUCAUCUCGAACCAUUCACAAGCAGUGCUCCACAAGCAAGAGUGCCCGAGGUGAGAUGACGGAAUGACAAACCACAAAAGCGUUCUCCGGUCUAGGGCAGUCCUGGAAUAACUCCUGGAUCCAAAUCUUUUGCAUACAUCUCGGUCCUGGCUCGGCCACAUUCUCGACUUGUCACUCAGCGAAGCAACAAGAAACCAUUCCGUGCCCACUAGACUAGCUAGCUAGCGAGAAGAUACCUCAACCAUCCAACAAUUCCACAAAAUGGGAAAAAGAAGGAGGCGCCUAUCACGAAUUCUCUAACUAAUCCCACAACUCAUCGGUUGUCAUGCACUUUUCGUCCCUUCUUGCCCUCCUCGUGUUAGGGCUCGUUCCGUUGACGGCGUCGGCUAACAACGCAACCGGCGCCUGGACCAGCGAGUCGUCUGUUAGUGUCACGAUACCUCGAAGUACUACUGCUUCCUGCAGCCAAAGACGAGGAUUCCAGACACUGCAACUUCUCUACAGCAUCCGUGGAAAUUCCAUUGUAUCCGGUCAACACAAUGACCAGAAGGAUGGAACCGAUGAAUCUCACUACACGGAAAGAGUUCGUGAAAUCACAGGUCAAUACCCCGGCCUGUAUGGUGCUGAUUUCUUGUUUCACGGCUCGGCCGAGCGUCGAUGGGCCAUUACAAUGGAAGCGGAACGACAAUGGGCUAAAGGUGCCAUUAUCAGUCUCAUGUGGCAUGCUUGCCCUCCAACAAUGGGGCCAAAUGCCACAAUGAGAUGCUUUUGGGAGGGUGAUAUACUGAGUGAAUUGACAGAUUUAGAAUGGAAUGACUUGAUCUCUGAUGGAGGAGAUCUCAACAGCAAUUGGAAAACCCGCAUUGAUGAAAUUUCAGUUUACCUCCAAUACCUGGAGCAAAGGAACGUCGAGGUCUUGUGGCGACCUCUGCAUGAACAGAAUCAGCCCCUCUUCUGGUGGGGGGGCAGGACUGGAGACAACGGUACAAAGAAGCUGUGGCAGCUCACACAUGACUACAUGACUAAUGAGCUUGGCCUGAAGAAUCUGAUUUGGGUUUGGGACGUCCAAGACUUGCAAACUAUUGACUUUGACGAGUACAAUCCAGGGCAAGAGUACUUUGAUAUAGCUGCUUUGGACAUCUAUGCACCGGCAUUCUCGUACACAUUCAACCUGUGGUACAUUUCUCUGUUGGCCAAUGCAGGGGAUCGAGUAGUCGCUAUAGGCGAGAACUUUCAGUUGCCAACCCAAAGUGUUCUGGACUCCCAACCUAUGUGGACCUUCUUUAUGACCUGGGCAAAUGGUUUGGAGGCAGAUCAAGGUGGAUCACAGACCAAUUCGAUUGGGUUCAUCCGUGAAGUCUACAACAAUCCCCGUGUCCUCAAGCUGAAGGACAUGCCAGGAUGGCUCAACCAGUCCUUUGUUUUUGAUUGCCAAGAAACGACUGACUGUAGUGACGAUCUGGACUGUGGAUUCGAUGGGUAUUGCCUCAGUGAUGUUUGCUACUAUGACUUUCGAUCCUACCAUUCCACCUUACCCGGCCGCAUCUUUGCUGUUUCGGAUCUGGAUCGGCACACUAUGGAUUGUGGAGGAAACGGCAUCAGUCAAUUCCAGCUGGUCUCACCACUAGUCUUCAACUACAAUUACUACUACACCUGCAGUCAGCUCAACAAUAUGACUACAGGUGCCAUGCGGCAGACCUCUAUGGAUAUCGCAACCCUGGGCAACGUCAUUUUUUUGGAUCGUCAUGCCAUUGGCUGCCAAGGGAAAGCAAUUCAAUACCUGCGUUUAGUUUCUGAUGGCGGAAACAUUGGCUAUGCUUAUCAAUGCGGAUACGACGAUCUCUUCGAAGUGACUGAUUACUACACCGAAUGGGAUUCCAUUGGAUUCUUGGGAACAGGACAACCCGGUUAUCUCGACAGGCAUAAGGUGUCCUGUCCAACAGGAAAGGUUUUGAGUUUUGUGCAGCUACAGACCAAUGAUUCAAUGCGCUAUCACUACAGAUGUGGUUUCGCAUUGUAUGUUCCAAGCCCUUGAACAUGCACUUUUAGAUAUAUAUAUAGACUUCAGCAAUAAAGUAGCCCCCGAUUUUCAUUCUUG